AUGCAGUUCUCGGCCGGAACCCUCGCCACUGCUUUGCUGUCGCUCCUAGUGGCCCAGGUCGCCGCGACGCCCUCCGCCGGCGGCGCCCACGAGGGGGCGCUCGAGGCCCGGGCCGCGUGCCCGAGCGCUCCCGUCUUUGCCGCAGUCGUAUGCGACACCCAAGAGUGCACCGACGGCCGCCAAAAAAUUAUGGACAGCUACUACCAGAAGCUCAGGGAGUGCAAGAAGAACAAGAGGGGCCUGCUCGAGGCCCGAGCCGCGUGCCCCCCGAGCGCUCCCGGGUUUGACGCCGCCGUAUGCGUCAGCCAAGAGUGCAUCGACGGCCGCAAAAAAAUUAUGAGCGACUACUCCCGGAAGCUCUUGGAGUGCAAGAAGAACAAGAGGGCUGCUCCGGCCGAGGAGUAGGCCCGGCAUGAUCGAUCGGGGAAAGACCGCCAUGGGGCCACUCUGUCGCGUCCGCACCGCCAUGGCCUAUGCCGGUCCCGUCUGGGCCGGCUGUUUCUUUUGCUCUUUUUUGUUCCUUGUGAAUUUCUUGCUUUUUACGCGUUCCUCCUGGCGUGGCGCUUGUCUGCCCACUGGGUUCUACCGUUUUCUUCCUCUUGUACCUACUGUUUUCUUCCUCUUGUACCUACUGAUUUCUUCCUCCUGUACCUACUGGCCUUUUCCCCUCGUGGCGGUUUGUUUUGUUGCUAGCAAUGGAUAUUCCUUUAUUCGAAUCUCUGAACGCUCCUUUGGCCUCGACCGUUGUUCUAACGGGUCGUUUUUCGCUCCGAACUGGACUCGUACUCCCGUCUACGCUGGUGAUGACGUGAUUUCUC